GAGCCAAGGCGCCAAGGGGGAGGGGAAGCGGGGGGAGACGGUGUAAACGGCGUGGCCGCCAUCUUGUUUGUACCCCGGCUUAGCGCGCGCUCCGUUCUCCGUGACGCACGCUUCCCCCUCCCCUCCGUCGUGCCCAGGCCUCUGCAUUGCCCGACUCCGCCGGAGCGCGGGGGCGGCUCCUGCUCUUCCCUGGACUUCUGAGCCGAGGCGUCUGUCAGAAUGUCCACAGAAGGAGGAUUUGGUGGUGCUAGCAGCAGCGAUGCCCAGCAGAGCCUGCAGUCCUUCUGGCCUCGUGUCAUGGAAGAAAUCCGGAAUUUAACAGUGAAAGAUUUCCGAGUCCAGGAACUCCCACUGGCUCGUAUUAAGAAGAUUAUGAAACUGGAUGAAGAUGUGAAGAUGAUCAGUGCAGAAGCCCCUGUGUUGUUUGCCAAGGCAGCCCAGAUUUUUAUCACAGAGUUGACUCUUCGAGCCUGGAUCCAUACAGAGGAUAACAAGCGCCGGACUCUUCAGAGAAAUGAUAUCGCCAUGGCGAUUACAAAAUUUGAUCAGUUUGACUUUCUCAUCGAUAUUGUUCCAAGAGAUGAGCUGAAACCACCGAAGCGUCAGGAGGAGGUGCGCCAGUCUGUGACUCCCGCCGAGCCCGUCCAGUACUACUUCACGCUGGCUCAGCAGCCUACUGCCGUUCAAGUCCAGGGGCAGCAGCAAGGCCAGCAGACCACCAGCUCCACAACCACCAUCCAGCCUGGGCAGAUCAUCAUUGCACAGCCUCAGCAGGGCCAGACGACACCUGUGACCAUGCAGGUUGGAGAAGGUCAGCAGGUGCAGAUCGUCCAGGCCCAGCCGCAAGGCCAAGCCCAGCAGGCCCAGAGUGGCACUGGACAGACCAUGCAGGUGAUGCAGCAGAUCAUCACGAACACAGGAGAGAUCCAGCAGAUCCCGGUGCAGCUGAAUGCCGGCCAGCUGCAGUAUAUCCGCUUAGCCCAGCCUGUAUCAGGCACCCAAGUCGUACAGGGACAGAUCCAGACGCUUGCCACCAAUGCUCAACAGAUCACACAGACAGAGGUCCAGCAAGGACAGCAGCAGUUCAGCCAGUUCACGGAUGGACAGCAGCUCUACCAGAUCCAGCAAGUCACCAUGCCUGCCGGCCAGGACCUCGCCCAGCCCAUGUUCAUCCAGUCAGCCAACCAGCCCUCCGACGGGCAGGCCCCCCAGGUGACCGGCGACUGAGGGCCUGAGCUGGCAAGGCCAAGGACACCCAACACAAUUUUUGCCAUACAACCCCAGGCAAUGGGCACCGCCUCCCUCCCCAGAGGACCCCGCCGACCUUCGCGCCUCCUGCAGGCUAGGACACUGGUGCACAACGCCCCAUGCCUGGGGGCCGAGAUUCUCCAACAGAAAGAUGCAAUAUUUUUUAUUUCCUUUUUUCUCAUUUUUUUUCCUCCAAGGAAUCAAUAUUUCAAUAUGUUGAGCUGUGUGUCCAAUGCUAUGAAAUGAAAAUAUUAAAUAACAUAUUUAUGGCAUUUUCUCAAAGAGUGUGGUUAAGAAGUAUUUCUUUUGUUUUACUUUUCUGGGUUCUUACCGCCACCACUUUUAGGGGCAGAUCUCCCCAGGGGUGUGUGUAGUCUCCCGACUCUCAGAACAGCCGCUGCCCCAGGAUUCGCCACCUUGUUCUGCCCUCAGGUGAAACUGGGUGACGUGUGUAGCUUCCUUUCCACUAGUGCUCUUCUCCCUGGGCCCUGCUCCUGCCCCAGAGCCCUGUGGAUUUGCCUCCAGAGGCCGUGGGACCAUUCCCUGCAUUUACAAGACUCAUUUGCCGUGGAGAGUGGAUGGUUUCAUUCCCAAACCCUUCUCUUCCAGGGACCCAAGGAGACUAGAACUUUGUGCAUACCGCCCCCCCCAGCCCCCGUUUUCAACUUUAUUUUUAAAUGCAUUAGAAAUUGUGCUAGUCUCCUUUGCUGCAUGGACUUCAAACUGCAUGAAAUGCAAUAAAUCUCAUUUUAGAUAA